AUGGAGCCAUUGCGUCCGGCUACCCCGGCCGAAAUCGAUCAGCUAGUGAACAUCUACGAACAGUUGCUACCCGAGUCAGUUCAGUUUGUUUCCCUCCUACAAAACAUUGUGCGAAUUAAAGCAGCACUUCAAGGGACGGCGCUAGAGCAAGCCUCGCACCGCUUUCGAAAAACGAUUUACGUCCCGAACAAGACAAAUCCUAUAAAGUUUGCUACAUUUUUGGCCAUUGGCAUGGACAAAGAUAUAUUCGUGAUGGUAAACACCUUGGAACAAUCACCCAGUGAGCUCGAGGACGCGAUUCGAAAAACCAGCUACAUCAAGUGGCACCUCAACCCACUGUUCGUUGUAGGAGGCGAUAAUGGAAUUCGCGAGAGUUUAUACAAAGUAGCUAACGAACGGGGUCUCCUUAACGACAUCAAAAUGAUAUCAGAUUGCAAAAAUUACUGGAUGCAUCGCGAAAAAGCAGCUACCUUAAGCUACAGUGUGCCUGAUGAUGUCGAACUGAAACCACUGCUUGUAGAACAUGCGAAAGUUAUCGACGAUUUGUGGCCACAUAAGUACAAUGAAUCCUUACGGUACUAUGAAUCUGUUAUACAGCACAAUGGUGGCCUUGGACUGUUCAACAAAAACGAUGGCCAACUUGUAGCCUGUGUUAUCAAAAAUGAUCACGAUGGAAUCGGGCAUCUGUAUACUUUAUCUGAAUACAACAACAGAGGCUAUGGAACAACGCUAGCGAAAGCCAUGGCGAAGAUGAUUGCGGCUGAGCACAAACAACACGUGCACGCGUUCAUUCAUCCCGCUAACAACCGUUCAAUAAAAUUGUUUGAAAAAGUUGGGUUUGUUCCAGUUAACCAAACGCAAUGGUUUGUAAUCGGUCAGAAACAAUAA